AAGUCAUUUAGCAAUAAAUUUCUAAUUGGAUUUUUUUUGUCUUAUUUCGAGACAGUGCAGUGUAAUUUUGUGAUGACGUUUUUCAACGUGUAUCUUGCAGAUUGCAUCGUUCGCAAAAAGCGUGUAUCGUUUAGUGAACGUUUGGUGCAGGAACGUUCGUUCAGACCAAAUUCAUCGAUUCUCGGCCAGAAGAAGAAGAAUCAACGAAGGUCGAGAAAUAAACUCAAGAAGAAAGCGUCUUCUGAAGAAUCGUUGAACACCGACGACGAUGGCUCUAAACGUGACUCGUCUGAAGAGGUACAGGUUGGUGCAGGCUAUCAUCUCUUUUGUUGA